GUGAACAUGUGACUCACUGUGGUUGUUGUAAUGGUAUCGAAAUGUUCUGAACUAUGUUGACCUGAAGAAGUGUACGAUUUAAACGUAAAAGACACUUUUGCUCUUCUGUAGAUAGUUAACCGCUCUUUUUGCAGUUUUAGAGGUGGUCAGGGGUAAACAGUGAGUACCGAGCCGGGUAACUUACAAGUCUGAACCAGUUACCCAUUUGCUAGCUGGUUAGCCAGGACAGGCAAACAGCAAAAGGGACAGAUGCGACUCAAGGACCCUUUCUCCUUAAAGUCCGCCGAGAUGACCAAGCGGACUAGCAAGCCCAAGAAGCCGCGGGACGAGGAGUCCUCGGACGAAGUUGGUGGCCUUAUGUGUCAGCAUGUGGGCAAGGCGGUGGACCUGAGCGCGGUGAAGAAGGCGGUGGCGGCCAGCCUGUGGUCGGUGUGCACCGACUGCCUGCGCGAGAGGAACGCCAUCGAGGGUGAAGCGGCUGGUGGCCACGACAUCCUAGUUUGCCUCAAGUGUGGCUUCCAGGGCUGCAACCAGUCGGAGAGCCAGCACUCCACCAAGCACCAGCAGGCGCAUCACUCAGAGGUGCACUGCAUCACCAUCAGCCUCAGCACCUGGAAGGCCUGGUGCUUUGAAUGUAAUGAAGAGCUGUCCACCCACUGCAACAAGAAGGCUCUGGCUCAGACCCUGGACUUCCUUCAGAAGCACGCAGUCAAGGCAGCCACAGGAACUGCGUCCAAGUUCAUCCGUCUUCGUGAGGAGCCCCUGGACCACGCGGAUGGGCAGCGGGGGAGCAAGAGCGGCCCCAACACCACCCUCGUCCCCGUCAAGGGCAUCAACAACCUGGGCAACACCUGCUUCUUCAACGCCGUCAUGCAGAAUUUGUCACAGACGCAUAUGCUGAAUGAACUGAUCCAGGAGGUGAAGGAGAAAGGGCACAAGCUGAAAAUCUCUCCUCAAGCUGACUCCAACCUGGGGGCGCUGACCAUCACCCUGCCCAAUCCAGAGCCCCUCACUUCGGCCAUGUUCCUCUUCCUCCACAGCAUGAAGGAGGGCGGCAAAGGACCCAUCUCACCCAAGAUCCUCUUCAACCAGCUCUGCCAGAAGGCUCCGCGCUUCAAAGGCUACCAGCAACAGGACAGCCAGGAGCUUCUCCACUACCUACUAGACGCCAUGAGGGUGGAGGAGACCAAGCGCAUCAAGGCGGGCAUCCUGAAAGCCUUUAACAACCCGACCGAGAAGACGGCUGACGACGAGACCAAACGCCAAGUCAAAGCAUAUGGCAAAGAGGGCGUGAAGAUGAACUUUGUGGAUCGCAUCUUUGUUGGAGAGUUAACCAACACCAUCAUGUGUGAGGAGUGUGAACAUAUCUCCACGGUGAAGGAGGCCUUCAUUGACAUAUCUCUGCCCAUUAUAGAGGAGCGCAUCUCGAAGCCCUCCAACCCCAGUCGAGCGGCGAAGAGCCCUCGUGAGGAGCCAGUGGUUGCCCACACCGAGGAGCCCUUGGCCUCACACAACCGUGCCGUACGCAGACUCAGCGGACCGAGGCCAGUGGCUGGGCGGAGGUUGUCCAGUAGUGGAGGUGGUGCUGGUGGUGCUGGUGCUGGUCAGGAGGAGAGGGCCGGUGGAGGAGGAGGAGUAGGAGGAGGUGGAGGGGCCAGCUGCAGCCCCAUGGUCGACCAGGAUGACUUCUGCUCAGCCGGCCGCGCCUUCGGCAGCUGCAGGGCAACUUUAGGAGGAGGAGGAGGAGGAGGUGGAAGAGGAGGAGGAGAAGGGCCCGACAGCCAAUCAGAUGUCAGUGAGAAGGACUCCCAGGGCAACCAGGACAGCAGCAACGACGCCGACAGCGAGGCGUCGGAGAGCGAGUGGUCCUGCGCCCCCGCGCGAUCGGCCCCCGGCCCCAGCCAUCGAGGAGGAGGUGGAGGAGGCAGCAGCAUCACGCCCAUCGAUAGGCCCCCCAAACCAGCCCUCAGCCCCAUCCCGACACCGUCCCUGUUACCGUCCCCGGGGCCCCUGCUGCCGCUUCACGCCCCCAUCCUGCCCAUCACCACCAGCCCCGUGGCCGCAAGCCCCGCGGUACCGCAUCGCCCCCACCAGGGCGGCGCCGUGGAGCAGCUGGUGAGCGCCGUGUCCAAGCUGGGUCUGGUGCACACCUCCCCCGACACCCUGCCCCCGCCCCCGUCGGAGGAGCCCCACAGCGACACCGCCGGCCAGUCGGCGCAGCUGCAGCAGCCUGCCUCUCAUCGGCAUCACCAUCAUCAGCAGCAGCAGGGCCAUCAGGGGGCGUUCCAGUCGCUGUCCCACAGCUACGUGCCCUGCUCCAAGGAGUGCUCGGUGCAGUCCUGCCUCUACCAGUUCACCUCUGUAGAGCUGCUCAUGGGCAACAACAAGCUGCUGUGCGAAAACUGCACCGAGCGCCGACAGAGGCAGCUACGCAAGAGCUCCACCUCAGGGAAGAAGUCUGAGCGAGUGUACACCAGCGCUCGCAAGCAGAUGCUCAUCUCCUCGCUACCCCCCAUAGUAACACUGCACCUGAAGCGCUUUCACCAGGCUGGUAUGAACCUGCGAAAGGUCAACAGGCAUGUGGACUUCCCACUCAUCCUGGACCUGGCCCCCUUCUGCUCAGCCUCCUGCAAGAACCUGGUGCCUGGUGAGCGGGUCCUGUACAGCCUGUAUGGGAUCGUGGAGCACAGUGGCUCCAUGCGAGGGGGCCACUACACGGCCUAUGUGAAGGUGCGCAACCCCCUCAGGAGGGCAGAGGCGCGGAGGAACCAUCCAGGUACGCGUGAGGCUAGUGCCUCGUCCCAGGGUCAGUGGGUGUACGUGAGCGACACCAAUGUCCAGACGGUGCCCGAGUCCCGCGUGCUCAACUCCCAGGCCUACCUGCUCUUCUACGAAGAGCUGCCCUAGAACACCACCUAGUGGUGGGAAGAGGAACAACAAUCAGGGCAAAACAUGCAUUGAAUGGUGUAUAAUAAGCCACCUGCUGGACUACAGAAGACAGUUAUACAAUGGACAACUUGCAAAAUAUCUGCUUCACUUUGAGGCUUGGCUUGGGGGCAUGAUUUGGUGUGUGUGUGUGUGUGUGUGUGUGUGCGUGCGUGUGUGCGUGCGUGCGUGUCUGCGUAUGCUUGUGUGUGUGUGAUGUAUGCAGAAUAGGUAUGGUGUCAGAUGGAUUUCUAUCUAGCAAAGAAUCUGUAUUUUACUUAAAAGAAAAAAAGAAAAUGUUUCGAUAAUUUAUUGUACAGCUGAAUUUCUAAAAAUGCAGAGGAAGUUAUGCGGAUAAGGUGAAGAAGUGGUGUGUUUGAAACACUCUGGGAAAAUGGGGAACCCCAAAGGCUGCUCAAAAUUGUGUAAUAGAGCGAGGUUUAACACAAGCAAGGUCUUUAUCAGCCACACAAGCCUCUGUAGCGCCACACAGUGGUGACAGAGACAUUUUGAUUGAAAAUCACUUCAAUCAACUAAAAAAAGAAAAAAAAUCAAAUGAACUCAAAGAGACGGUUUAAGGGAGCGAAAUGUGUAUAUUUCCAUGGGAUAAAUUAACAGGGCAAGAGCCAUCAUGACAUUUCAAUGGCUCAUAAUGGCAAGCAUGUUGAUAAUGGGCUCACUCGCUCUAUAUGACUACAGGGAAUGAAUAAAUGAAUGAAUGCGUUAGCUGGUUAGCCACACAGUGAGUGCCAAAGACAGGACAUUAGAGCAUGUAAUGAUUUGGAAGGCAGCGCCUUCUAGGGUAGCUGGGAAAGCACUAUGCAUGGGGCGCUGGGUUGGGUUGGGUCGGGUCGGGUUGGGUCGUUUUGUGUUGUGUUUAUGUUUCGGUGCCAGAAUCAAGCGAAUGCUCAGUGCUUGUGCAUAAACACACUGACGCACACACACACACACACACACACACACACACACACACACACACACACACACACACACACACACACACACACACACACACACACACACGGACGCACGCCAAAGGCCUCCCUACAUAUGCACACUUACACAUUUCAACACAUUUAGAUAACUUACACAACCCAUUUUUUCUCAGAGAAUAGAACUAAACAGAGCACAAAAAUCCAACCCUGCUGGCACAACUGCGUAUAAGGGGAUAUGGCAAAGUCAUGACUUAUGCCUUUUGUACACCAAGCGUGACCUGCGCUAUCUGAGUGGCGGAACUCAUUAUAUCUAUAUGGAGGGAAGGCCAAUAAAGCUACCAGAGCAAAUUCGCCAGGAGUGAAGCGAGCUGAGCGGCCAGAGCGAAUUUUAGCGAUUGAAGUCAAGCUAAUUCUAUGGUACCUGUAAUGAGCUGUGACGCGGUUAUGCAAAAAAACAAUUGGAACGUUCAUAUCUCGUAUUUACCAGGUUGUCAAGCCAGAGCCGUUAUGUGAUAAGCUCAAAUCAAACAUGUCAAUGUCGCAGAGCAAAUAAAACGAAUUCAUGACGAAACUUCUUCAGCCACCUCUGCUACCUGGGUAGCGUAGGUCGCGCUUGGUGUACACAAGGCAUUACUUUUCUGCCAGGCCUUUCUUGACAAUGACAAUGUAUUCCUAGGGUGCGUUCCAAUAUGCGACCUUGCUUCCUCCACUUGUGCUUGUGGCCUCGUACCAGGAAGUAAUAUGUCAUGAGGACAUCACUGGCAACAGUAUUAUACUUCAAUAUCUUGCAAAAGCUCAAUUGUAAAGUCUUUUUCUCAUUUGCAAUUGGGAUGGUGAAUGAAAACAGUUUCCCAAACGUUGUUGUGGCUAGGCUGACAGCUGGGAAACUGUAUUGUUUUCUCCACGGAGCAGGGGCCAGGAGGCGGGGCGAGGCCACAAGCACAAGUGGAGGAAGGCAGGUCGCAUAUUGGAAUGCACCCCUACUCUUAUCUCAUGGCCUUUUCUUCUUCUUCGAAUCAUAUUAUCCUGCGCUCUACUGAUGGGAGACACAUUCACUCAGCUCCGUAAUGGCAACGUGACAAUGCACUGCAUGCAAUAAUGUAAUUUUUCCCUGACUUGUUUACGUUGUCCUCGUAUAAAAAAAAAAGUUUUUAUAAAUAUAUAUUUUGCUAUUUAUUGUUUUAUUACGGGGAUAGAAAACAUGGAUCUUUUAAAAGAAGAAAAAAAAACUACUACCAUGUGUCAUUUCAGAAGAUUAUUGUGUAAUAUCUCAUGUUUUUUUUUCUUUUGCUUUUGUUCAUAAGGUGCCUCAACUUUGAGGUUUUUGAAAAAACAGAAACCUAAUUAACUGUAAACGGAAGUGCCAUUGCACAGACAGUGUCUCUUCUACAGGCCUUUUCAGUGCCUAAGACGUCAGUGUCCCCAAUAGUGAAGGUGUCAAUCCCGGGCUCAGAAUGUAAACACCCUGCCUGCCACAUAUAUGAUCCAACUAGCUCUGUUGGUAAUGACCCACUGGUAUGCAGUGUAGCCUGAUUAUCAUCGACUUUCAAAUCUCUUCGAGACCUGGUCUGACCAAGAGCAUAACAAUUAACGUUUUCCAAACGUUACACCGGAGAUUAGAAACGAUAUUUACAUUGCUCUUGGCCUAACUAGAAGAAACACAGAAGGUGUUGCGUCACUAGGAGGGCGUGGCCUGGCUAAUGCAGUGCAAACUUUCCAUCACAUUACCCUCUAUGUUGUCUUUGGGCAGCGGUUAUUUCGCUCCCGCACAGUAUUGUGGGAAUAAGAUGCGCGUCGUUGCAGUAUUUCCAUGAAUCAGUCUAUUGUAAUGAGCAGAGUACUCAAAACAGAUGACCAGAUAUUCAGUGGAGUCGCUUGUUUUGGAUGGUUAGCAGGGUUUGUUACUUCUGACCUGGGUUUUUGACAUCGCUGUCCAGAAGUGUGACAUUUGCUACGUUUACAUGAGACAUUUAAUUCUGAAUAAAGCUUAAUUCCGCUUUGAAAACGUCAUGUAAACACCUCACAAUUCGGAACUAAAUGAAAGAUCAAAGUAAACUUGAUGGAACUAUUUAAUUCUGAAUUAUUAAUUGGGAAUUAAAAACAUCAUGUAAAUGUAGUGAUUCACUCACACUGUAUGCAUGUAGGAAGAGCAUUUACUCAACUGUCAAGGUAAUUGAACGGUUGAACCAGGAAUUCUCUUGUUUGCUUGUCAUAUUUUAUUAAAAAAAAAGAUAUAUGUACACACAGAUGCACAUAUGAUAAUAAUGUAUGAACUAUUAUUUUGUGAUGUAACACGGUGGGCUCAAGGCUGAGCAGUGCAGACACACAAUAUGAGGUACCUCAAGACUGCAGGGUUUUUUUUCUUCUUUUACGGGGUCUGCUUUUGCUUGAAUGUUCUAUAACUUUGAUAUACUGUAUGAUUAUUAUUAUUAUUAUCAUCAUAAAUCUAGAGUUAUCACAUUGACGAGGAAAUAAAAUACAGUCUACUUCUACAAUUUAGAGCACUGACUGUGAGUGUGCAAGAUUUCUUUCUUUCUCAG